UGAUUGGAUUGCAUUAGGACACGAGCUGCCGUUAUCGUUGUCGCAUUUGCCUCAGACGAGUGUUGUUGUAACGACACCAUGGCUCGCUGCGCACCUCUAACGCUGGCUGUCAGCGUGCUGUCCUUGGUGCUGAUCUCGUCCGCGUGUUACAUCCAGAACUGCCCGAGGGGAGGAAAGCGCGAUCUCACCGACAGUGUCCGGCAGUGCCUGCCUUGUGGGCCAGGCGGCCAGGGCCGAUGCUUUGGACCCAGGAUCUGCUGCGGGGAGGCCAUGGGCUGUCGCCUGGGUGGCCCGGACGUGGCCAUCUGCCGGGCCGAGCGACUGAUGCCGUCUCCAUGCGAGAGCCGAGGGGAGCCGUGCGGCCACGGGGGGAAGUGCGGAGCUCCCGGCCUGUGUUGCUCGUCAGAGAGCUGCGCGGAGGACGCGUCUUGUGGGUGGGAAGGGGGAGACUCCCCCGGGGAGCGCCCAUUCCCGCACUCCGCUCUCCGUCUGCAGUCUCCGGCUGCGGAAGCGAUGCUGGAACUGAUCAACUCCAACAGCCUGCGAGACUGACACGUGUACACGCGCUGUACGGAAUGGUUUUACUUGCAGCGUCUUAACGUGUUAAACAAUACGGAUAGGGUCGCAUUGUCUUAAUGUACUCACGAGCCCCCGUAGUGCCUGUGCGUACUGUUUUAGUCGGCGUCCCGUUGGUAUAAUGAGUUUUGUAUGUUAUUGGUACGUGCGCUAAUAUUUCCAACCACGGCACGUGUAGUCUCGCGUCGCGCUGCUAUCAUUAUUAAACCAUGGGCCAGAGCAAAAACAAAUUGAUACCACCUACAAUAGCAACACUUUAAGUGGUAUCGAUUCAUUUAUACGGCGAUUAAGAAUGGAAUUAUUUGAUAACCCACUUAAUUCAAAUGGUCAUCGCACAAUUUCACUGUCUUUGGCCACAUUAAGACAUUGGAAGACCGCUAAAGUGACGCCACAUCAGGUGGUACCGACAAAGUGAAAGUGUCUGGUCUGUGCUCAUGGACCCACAUCUCGUGUUGUGCGCUCGUACGUGCGUGCGUGUUUCCCAUGCUUCUCUGUCUCUUACCCCCACCCCCACCCACAAGCAUUUAUUGACGAUUUUACAGAAACCGAACCUAUUUGUAAACGCGUCCGUCAAUGUGCUAAGAACCAGGUGCAUGGUUGCGAUUAAAUAAAUAAUGUGUUUAUUUCACGAUCAAA